UUGACAACCCAAAAUGCAAUCAUGGCGCACGGGGCACUGUGUUUUUAGAAUGCUGAGAAGUUUUUACGUAAACACUUCAUUAUUUUGCAAUAAAACCAGUUUAUGUAUUAUGAUAACUUAUCCGUGAAAUUCAAGGAUUAUAGGGAAGCAUACAUGUGUGUUCCAAACGUGACGUUUUCACUUGUUCGUAUCAUCGUCUCUGUACUACUAGACACUUGCAGAUAACUUUGUUGGUGUCAUUAUGUCAGAGGCGUACGCCCGCGAGAUACUACGAAGGAAUGUUGCGCAAAUAUGUCAGACUAUAGGAUGGAACGGUAUAAACUCGACGCCUCUGGAUAUUCUAGUACAUGUAUUGGAGAAGUACAUAUGUACACUUGGAACACAAGCUAACAGAUACGCCGAACAAUUCAAUAGAACUGAACCAAAUUUACAUGACCUAGGAUUAGUGUUCCGAGACCUGCAUGUCCAUUUGCCAGAGUUAGCGGAGUACACAAGAUCUGUGCCCCCUGUACCACCACCAGUUAAAACUGAAAAAUUUCCUAAACCAAAGGAAUCAAACCUAAAUUUUCUAAAACCGGGUAGUCAUGAAGUCGUCACAAGACCGAUGCAUGUUCAUGAACAUCUUCCUCCCAUGUACCCUGAAAAAGAAAGGGAUACACCAGUUGUUGCAGGCACUGUGGAAAUUAGGCAAAAUGGUAUUGAUAACAUGGAUAGCAACACUUCAUGUACAAGUCCUGAAAUAUCAGUCACAGAUAGUCCUGAAAAAACAAAAGACAUAUUUAAACGUCCAAUUGACCCUGUAUCAUUACCAAAUAGUAAAAGGCCCAGGCUAAGGCUGGAAGAAGAAGAAAGAACUAGAGAAAUCAGCAGUGUAAUUAUGACUAUGUCUGGUUUUUUAUCCCCAGCCCGCGAAGGGAAAUUACCUGAAGCUAGACCUCCUACAAUAGUUUCUGAAAAACAUCAUGACAAGCAUAAAGUUAAUUCACAUCAUUCAAAUCCCAUGAAAGCACCAAUUUUAGAUAAAAGUGAUAAAAAGUCUAAAAAGAAUAAAUUGUUAAAUGGUAAGAUCAUGAAGAGUAAAAGAAAAGAUAAAAGUCAUAAAGGUGAAAGUAGUAAAUCCAAGGAUAGCAAUAAAUUGGACAGGUUUCCUCCUGGACAUCCAAUGAAGAGUAAAGAUGUCCAUCCUACACAUCAUAAUCAUGUGACAAUGCCAGCGCCGAAAGCACCAGGACCUCCAAAACCUUCAUUGCCUUUACCACAGACUUUAACACCAGCUCCAGUCUCCAAUCUUCCAGUCCCUGAGAUAAUCAGGCCUGUUAUCAAACAAGAACCACCCGACACACUACCCCCACCCAUUACAAAACCAAUGACUUCUAGUGAGGAUGCUAUCCCUGUACCAAGAAAAAUACCAAUUUCCAAGUCUCCAUUGAUAUCUAAUGCCUUACCUGUACAUAAAAAUCAAUCUUCAAAUUCAUUAAUACCUGAGACAGAGAUAAAAAAGGAAAUAAUUGUAGAGGAAAAAUUAGCAUCCCAACCUGAUAGAUCAAAACUUAAUAUAUUUAAAAGAAUAACGAACAAAAAUAAAGAAGAUAAGGUUCCACUGGAAGUUACAGCACCGCAGCAAAAUUCUGAUUUGAUGAUCUCAAGGUUACAAAAUUCUAAUAACACUAGUGAAAAGGUUCAUGUGAACAAUGAUUCUGUUGUGAACAAUAACUUUAGUGCUUUAGACUUGUCAAAAGAAAUUGACAUGAGGGCUCAUGAAGUAAUUAGUAUUGAUGAUGACUCCCAGGAUAUGCCACAGGAUAAAAUUGUACAUCCAGAACCUAGACCAAGUAUAUCAAUCAACAAGUCGUUGCAACUUCCAUAUUCCAAAGAUGUAGCUAGUGUCAGUCCUAAAAUUAAAAAAGAAAAGAAACAUAAGGACAAAAAGGACAAAGCUGCUAAAUUAGAAGCAAAGUUACUCAAAAAGCAACAACAACAACUGGCAAUGGAAAUGGCGCAAGCGGAAAAGAAGAAAAUGAAACUUGGAAAUGCAAAAGUUAAAUCAAGUAGGCCAAAGAAUGAUGCGAAAUUACCGCAAAUGCCACCAGGAUUUCCAUUUUUCUCUUCAAUGCCUCCAGGCAGGGGCUUGAUACCUGGACCAGGCCUAAUACCAAAUCCUGGACUAAUACCAGGUAGUGAUUUCCUGGCAGGGCUUGCAAAUAAUCCAGCAUUGAGAGGAUUACCAUCUCCAAAUUUGCUAACGAAUCCCUUUGCUUUAGCAAGUGGCCCAGGGCUAAUUCCAGGUCCCAGUUUUCUUCCUGGCGGUCUAGGCCCUGGUUUACCAAAUAGUUUAAUGCCCAUGGGAAAUUUCCCACACACGUCGAGGUCACAGUCGAUGAAAAUACCGCCGAUGUUACGGCGCCCAAGCUUAGAAGUGAUUCCCGUCGAUAACGAAGAAGAUCGGGGUAUGCAUAAAUCUCCAGUUAUGCACAGAGAUAAAGAUAGACACGAUAACAAGCACAAAUCUCCAACCAUUCCAAAUAUUUUACAAAAACCAAAAUCAAAGUCACACAAGGAACAUAAAUCGUUGUAUAAAAUGCCACCUGUACAGCCGGAUAUAACUAUAGAACUGAACCCUCCUAAAGUUGAUCCUGUAAGACGGGAACUCCCGAAGGAGCCACCUACACCGGUCCGACUACCCACGCCGGAGCCUCCACCGGUUGUCGCCCAGCUAGAGCCCGAGCCUCCGCCCCAACUGGUCAGGUUGCCAUCACCUGAAGUUAGUCACGUCGGAGACAGCGAAUCUGCAGACAAAAAGAAAGACAAAGCCCAUAAAAAAGAAAGGAAAGAUAAAGAUGGUAUCAAAUUAAAAAAGAAAAAAGAUAAGAAGGACAAAAACAAAGAUAAAUCUGAGAAAAAGAGAGACAAGGAUGAAAAGCAGGAAGAGAAAGACAGGAUAAAAAAAGAAAAGAAAGAGAAGAAAAAGGAAAAGACUGCCGAUGGAUUAGUUCCCAAGCUAACACUAAAACUGGCCUCCUCGAAUUCAAACUCACCGAUGCCGCCGAGUUCGCCGGAUAUCUUCAAGCUCAAUAUUAAGCCGGUUGUAAAAAAAGAGGAGGAAGAUAGUCCGCCACCGAAAGAGGAACCGCGGUCUCGCGAGCACAGCCGGUCGCCGGAGCUAGCACAGAUAUCCGCUCUGGUAACGAGGCCGCCAAAGCAAAAGCACUCGAAGCAUAAUCACGUCUCCGAAGUCGAGGGGCAACCCUCGUCCCCUCCGUCCGGGAACUCUCCACCUAGAAAGAACAGGCCACCAUCAAGUCAUUCGAAAUACAAACGGAUAUUAUUUAAAUCGCAAGCCAAAAAGGGGCAUAUGGAAAGCUUCGAGGAAAGCGAGUCGAUACCGGAGAAAUCGCCAGCGGCCGCGCCGAAGCCGAGCGGGCCGCUGCCGACGCCGUACUACGUGGACGAGCAGGGGAACAAGAUCUGGGUGUGUCCCGCGUGCGGCCGGCAGGACAACGGCUCUCCGAUGAUCGGGUGCGACGGGUGUGACGGCUGGUACCAUUGGGAGUGCGUGGGCAUCACGGAGGAGCCGGGCGCCACCGAGGACUGGUUCUGCAAGUCGUGCGUCGCCAAGCGCGCUGCGAUGGUGCUGGCCGGCGUCACCGCGGGCAGGAAGCGCGGCCGCAAGCCCAAGGCAGAAAAACUGAGAGACUGUCACUGAUGUGGACCUUUGUUGUUACUGAGAUUAGUUUUAACUUACGUUCGAUCUGCGCGUAACGGAUUGCAAAUUGUUAAUGGAUAAUUGUUGAAUGAUAUCAAGGAGAUACAUUUUCAUCGUUUAUAAUGAUUUAUCGUAGGGUAAUGUUAAGCAUAGGUAAUAAUAAAAUAAUUGACAUGAAAUGUUGAACAUGAAAUAAUAGUGUUAGUUACUUGUAAUAAUUACCAUAAUUUUAAUAUUUUUUUUUGUUAAAUUUUUGUCUAAUUUGCCGUUCGCUCGGUUAGAUCAAGUUUAAUUAGAUGGCGGGCGUUACAUUUCUUUCGUGUAAACAUAGAAGUAAUGUAAGAUUCUUUUUAUAUUGUACAAAAAACUGAAUUUACUUAAGAUAUUGGUGAUGUAUAAAGUAAUGUAGUGAAUAUUUAAAUAAACAGAAAGUAGGUUGGAUGUAUGUUCAACCAAUAUUUGAAUAUUUUCAUAUUAUAAUUUUAAUAUAACCCUGUUUUUAUUUGUUAAAGUUGUUCCUCAGUGUGGGCAGAGGUGAGCAGGAACGCGCGCGGUACAGUGUUGCCGCGCUAUACUCGCGUUAUGUUAAAGUGGAGAUGGCAGGCAAAUGUAAUUUUUUUGAUUUCAGCCAGCGGCCAAUUAAAUAUAUUGGUACUCGAAA